AGGGCCGGCGGGUGAGGGCGGGGCGGAGGGGGCGAAAUGGCGGCGGCCGGGGGUGGUGCCGCUGGUGCUGGGGCGAGCGUGCGGUGAGGCGAGCCGCGGGGCUGCGGAGGGAUGGAGGCGCUGCCCGAGCUCUACGCCAUCUUCCGGGGAGAGGUGGCGUCUGUGACAGAAUAUGGGGCAUUUAUAAAAAUCCCAGGCUGCAGGAAGCAAGGCCUUGUUCAUAAGACUCACAUGUCUUCCUGCCGGGUGGAUAAGCCCUCGGAGAUAGUGGAUGUCGGAGACAAAGUAUGGGUGAAGCUUAUUGGAAAGGAGAUGAAAGAUGACAAACUGAAGCUUUCCCUCUCCAUGAAGGUUGUUAACCAAGGCACAGGAAAAGACCUUGAUCCGAACAAUGUUGCCCUUGAUCAGGAUGAGAGGAAAAAACGCAUGUUCAGGGACUACACUAGUCAGAAGAUCACGCUUGAAGCUGUCUUGAACACUGUGUGCAAGAAAUGUGGCUGCAAAGGUCACUUUGCCAAGGAGUGUUUCAUGCAGCCUGGGGGAACCAAAUAUAGCCUGAUUCCAGAAGAGGAGGAAGAGGAGGUGACAGCAGCAGAAUGUGAAAGGCACAAAAAGAGCAGCUUGACUGAUGAUUCCUCAAAGAAAAGGAAAAAGGUGACCACGUUAGUUCUGGGCACGUGAGAGCGCUGUCCUGCCUCCCGUAGUCGGAGAGAAGGCAGGGGCUGGCAGCAGAGGCCGAGCUGCUGCUGCCACAGCGCUGUGCGGAACUACAGAGAGCAUCCGAGGAGCCUUUGACAGCUGUGCAGGCACGUUGCUGCGUCCCUUUCGCUUUUACUCCGUGGGUCACCGGGUGAAGGAGCUCCUAUGGGAACACGGCAGCGUGCCCGUGCUGAGCCUGCGUAGGAGGGAGGCGUGCUGAGAAAAAACAAAUCCUUCCGAUCCUUCUCUCCUGUCUGCUGAGAAAAGAGCUGCUGCUUCAGCACUAGCAGGAGCGCCUCUUACUCGGCUCUUGCAGAAAACGCCCCGUCUGCUCAGAGGCAUUGAUUAACCUGGCCCCGCUGUAGCUGUGGGAUGGGUGUUGGAGUUGCGUGGUGAACACGACCUGCGACAGCGUGUCGGCAGCCUCUGCUGCUCUUUCUGCCAUGUGAAAGCUUUCCAUGAGAUCUUGCACGUGGUUUUUUUCCCUACUUAAAGCCACACCUCAAGAAGUGUUUGUUCAGUGACCUGCGGCUCACCCAGUCUUAAUCCGUCCUCACCUGUAGCUAGUACUUGUUUCACAGGUUCUUCAGUGGCACUAGUUUAGGGCACGGCAGAGUCGUGCUCACUCUCUUCACACAAUACGCUUUUCUCUUUAACGCCCUUGUCCGUCUCUGACCUUUGCUGUAUUUAUUUAAUGGCCAUAGCCUGGAUUCUUCUCAUCAGAUUAAUUCAAGCUGGAAUGGAAUAAUACAGUUGGGUUUACAUAAUUCAUCUCUCUUCUCAUUAAACUGAGAGGUGGAUUUUUUUGUUGCUGUUUUUGAAUAAACCUAGAAGGAAUACUGGCAUCUCUGUGGAGAUGCAGGUGGACGUAUAUCUGGAAAUUUAUUCUACUUUUUUCACAAGGACAGACGUAAAGUCUCUAAAUAAAGCCAUAACCCUGCAAAGAGCUGGUGAAAAAUACUUCUUGGAGAGUUCUGGGCACUCCCCUCUUAUCUCAAAAUCGAAUACUUCUAGAAGGAAUGAGCUGUUGUAACAUUCCUAGAACGUAGCCCUGAGCACCUUUCCUUGCAAAGGACAGGAAACAGCCCGCUGGGCUGAUGUGGGCCCUCCUGGUAGGGGCUGCUUCAAAACACCUACGGCAAUAGGCCAGCGUUAUCGGGCUGAGGCUCAGCUCUCAGCACAGCUCUUGUAUCUGAGGGAUUUCAAAGCGGAUCAUGCUCUGUUUUGGUAGAACUGUAAUUGCUAACCAAAUUGAGCAGGACCUACAAAGAAGUGUAACGGUCUUCGUGCUCCGCCGUCCCUCUAUGAGCAUCGUGUUUUUUUUUUUUUUAAUUUAUUUUCUUUCCAUUUGGAGUCUGCCUGGGCAGAACUCUCUCAGGAUGUUCGCACACUUGCAGUGUUUGCAGUGCUGGGGGAGUGGCUGGGUGCGCCUGAGAACCGAGCUGAGCCUGGCUUCAUCCAUCAGCAGCAAGCCCUCCUGGAGGCCUGUCCCCAGCUCUGGGCGUGGGGAGGCUUUGCUGGUGCUGAAGGCAGAAUUUGGGCUUGAACCUUGGCACUGAGGUAGAACCCAGGGAACGGCUCCCGCCUCCACGCCGGUGUUUCCUGGUGAGCUGUGUGACCGCCCAGCAGGCGCAGGAAGGCGGCCGAUGCCAGCCCGUCGGUGCUGCGAUGCCAGCACUUAAGAGAAGUCUGUAGCCUAACGUCUUCUCCUGCGUUGGUGUGAGUGUUUUGGCUGAAGAGCGUCCCCAAAACAUCCACGUGUGCGCUGCUCCCUGUAGUCCUGAAGGGACCGAUGCGACAUCCUGUCUUAUCUUCAGCCUUCACGUGCUGAGAAAGUUUCCCAAGCUCUGGAAUGACGCUCCGUUAGCCUGAGGUCCGCUCAGACUUUCUCACCAUGUGCACAGACUGCAGAAGCUUGAGAAAAUUCUCCUUGCUGCCUCCUUUUCCCUGGAAGAUUUAACUCUUCCCAGUCCUUAGAAGAUGAUGGUAGGGCUCUGCUUCUCCCCUGGCUGUGUGGGUAGGGAACUUUGCAGUGAGCUUGCUUUUGCCCCCACAGAAAAGCAGGCUGCCAGACCUCAGUUAUCGUAACGCUGCUGUGGGGCUCCAGAAACUGACACCUGCCCAAAUUCUGCCAGGUGUGUGCUCAGCUCAGCCUCUGCUCUCUUCCCUGGGUCCCAGGGGACUCUGCUCAAUGUCCAGCUCCACGCCAUGCCUUGUCUUUGCUAGUCUGGCUCCCUAAAAGAGUCGUUCUGCUCGAUAUUAAAUAAGCCACCGGCUCUCUUCCUUCUUUGUCCUCGACUGAUAGCGUGCAGGUGGUGCUGUGCCGUGCAGCCUGUGCUAAACUGAUGUCUUCAGCUGGGCUGCUUGUGUGCCACUGUAAUAGGAGAGUGUGUUGGUUUUAGACGGAACACAUACAGACUUCUGCCUUCCUGUAAGCCAGUAAAUCAAUCUUCAUGUGGAAACUGCUCUUGCCUGGAAGUGGCCGAAGCUAAUGGAAGAAAUGUCUCAUGGGGAGGAGGGGGAGAGCCCAGCCUUCUCUGUGCUCUCUGCGUUGAGGCACUUUUUUCCCCAAGCAGCCUUAAGAUGGCUCGUCCUUCGUGGUGUGGCACUGGAGGGCUACCAGCAACCGAGAGAAAUACCCCA